AUGGUGAUAACAAGUGUUUACCCCAGAUAUUCCCAUGUAACCCCCUUCCCCUCAGCCUUUAUUCUUCCCCUCUUUCUUACUCUCUGUUGCUGCGUCCUCUUUCAGCAACUAAAUUCUCACUCAGUUGUCCCUCUUCUUGAUCCCCCUCCACCUCUGCCCACUAGUUCUUUUCGAACUUUCCCUCUUAAUGCAGAGACCUGUGAAACAGCGAGUAACAUCCACAAAGAGCUGUGGCAGGUGGGAUUUCUGGACCCCAUCAGCCUCCCCCCUGCAUGCUUGCCUCUCUCACUCUCUCUCUCCCUCUCCCUCUCUCUGUCUCUUUCCCACUUGCUCCUCAUCUCUCCGUCCGUUAUUAUCCAUUUCUGUGUAUGGGCAAGGAGGGCUAACAUGGACUCUUUGGGUCUUUUUAUCCUGUUAAUGCUUCUGUGUUUCCAGUGGACAGCUGCCCAUGCUGCUGAAGAUGUUUCUUGGUCCUACAAAGGAUUGGUGGGUCAGACUGAGUGGCCCGAGUAUUUCCCUGAAUGUGGAGGCACCUCUCAGUCUCCUGUUGACGUGGUAACUACGCAGACUAAAUAUGACCCCAGUUUGAUCCCUUUGACACCACUGGGCUACGAUCAGCACGGAAACAGGCCCUUCACUCUGUACAAUAAUGGACACACGGCUGUGAUCGAGCUGCCAGAGUGGAUGGGUAUCGGAGGUCUGCCAUGGCUCUUCACAGCUGUGCAGUUACACCUCCACUGGGGCAGCGGUGGGCCGAGCCACGGGGGCAGUGAACACACCAUCAACGGGCUGAGUGUGGAUGCGGAGCUGCAUGUGGUUCACUACAACUCUGAGCUCUACCCCAACAUGUCCAUAGCCAUGACGAAGAGAGACGGCUUGGCGGUUUUGGGGAUUCUCAUUGUGACAGGUGAGGAGACCAACCCAGGAUUUAACAACAUCAUCAAUUACCUAAGCCGCAUCAGACAUGCUGAUCAGAAGGUCUACAUCCCCGCCUUUGACAUCAAGUCUCUGCUCCCCAGCGAUCUGGGAAGCUAUUAUCGCUACAAUGGAUCUCUAACAACACCGCCGUGCUACCAGAGUGUCAUCUGGUCCGUGUUUAAUGAGAGAGUUCAAAUCUCAAAGGCACAGCUUCUGAGGAUGGAGACAUUACUUUACUCAAGUAAAUCAGCAGAGCCAGACAGGAUGCUGCUGCAGGACAACUAUCGAGCAACGCAACUGCUCAACCACAGGGCUGUCUUUGCCUCCUUCUCAGCGGAAUCAGGGAAGGAGCUCUCUUCUGGUGAAGUCACAGCUAUAGUCAUUGGAGUGAUGUGUGGCUGUGUAGGUCUGGCAGUGAUCAUUCGCUUCAUUGUGAAGACGAUACGAUUUUUUACACUCCUUCAUCUUGAAACAGUUGCGGUAAACAGCUCUACUUCUAGCUGGGACGUCCUACACAAUAACCGGCCGGCUCCCAUGCCAAGGGCAAAGGAGCAAGAAAAGGCAAAAGAGACCAAACUAGAUGUGACUGUGAACUCAACGUCUGCAGGAGAAAAGAAAGAUGAGGUGUCACUGUCUCCACAGAUGGUGCCAUCGCUCACAGCACAUGACACUUGAGAUGUUCUUGUUCUCAUCCAGAGUUUUAUCAAUUGUGAAGUCAACAGUACACAGGAGAAAUUACCUGUGGCCAUGAUCAUUAGUCUGUUUCUGUUUCUACCACCCAAAUUCAGAGAUGUUGGCAGCCUCGGUGUGAGUCAUUUCUUUCAGUUUGCACAGAAGCACUUGUUUUCAGUACGUCGGUUUGUUGGCUCUGAGUCAUAUGUUUGCUCAGGCAAUGCUUGGGAGUCAUGACUGGUUUGUGUAAAUACUUUGUUAAAUAUUUUUUCUCUGUUUCACAUGUUGGACUGUUAUUAAAUCUUGUAAUUCCUGCCUCAAAAACACAAGCACACUGCACUGUAUGAAAUGUCAUAGACGUAUGAAAUGUUGACCUAUGAAUUCAUACCCAAUGUAUAAUUUUGACUUUCUUUUGCACCACUUUAAGAGCACUGACAACACAAAAUGUAUCAUUUUAUAAUUGAACAUACUGUAGGAGUGAAUGAUGAAGGCCUUAAUGGUAUUAAAAGUGUAAUGUAUAAACUCAAAACGCACAUUAUCAUGUCGUAUAUUUAUGUGCAUGUGUUCUUCUACUUGAAAAAUGAUUCUUUGUGCCAUAAAUCAUGUUUGUCUGAUGGAUCUUUUUUUCUGUACACAAG